AUGAAUUGGUCAAUUUUCAUUGCCUUUACAUUGGCCUCCUUUGGCAUUUUGUUGACAAAAGCCGAGUUUUAUUCAUCGGUGCAUAAAAUGUCUCUAGUCAUGGAUUUUGAAUUGAAAAUGUUGCAAAAUAUGCAAAAAUUUCUGGGAAAAAAUCAAAAUAAAUUAAAUUAUCUUAAAGAGCGUUUAUCCGAGUACGAGCGAGAACGUGGUGAAGCCUUAACCCAAGGUCCUGUCUACUUUGAAAAUCCCGUUAAUAAGUAUCUGCUGACUAAGAGAUUAACCACCGAUUGGGAGCGCCUAGAGAAUGUUUUGCAAUACAAAGAAGGAGAGAAAAUUUUGAAGAGAAUCGAAAACACAAUUGUGGAAAAAUCCGAACUGGAUGGUGCUUUGGAGGGCGUUUUACGUCUGCACGAUGUAUACCGGCUAAAUGCCUCUGAUAUUGCUCGGGGUUUACUGCAGGGCGUUCAAUAUGAUGUUCAAUUUAAAGCCCGCCAUUGUUUUGACUUGGGCAUGAAGGCUCUGGAAAUUCAUUAUCCCAAGUUGGCUUACGGGUGGUUCAUGGAAGCCCUAAGAAGAUCACCGAACGAUGAGACCAUUAACAAAUUGGAUAUUGAAUUGGCCCUAGCUGAUACUAAAUUCCAUAUGGGUGAUAUUAAGGGGGCAAAUCAAACUUUUGCCGAACUUGUCACAUUGAAUGCGGAUAAUGAAAAGGUGGCCAAAUUAUAUGCACAAUUUGUUGAAAACUCGGCGGGAAAACCUGAGUACUUUGCAGAUUAUAGCACGGAACAUUUUCCCCCUCCUGCCGAUAUUCUAACAGCUGAAAGACCCGAUCUCUUCAAAUACACCUGCUCUGGGCUAGUGAAAAAGAGUCCACGGGAGGAACGUGAUCUACGUUGUGGAUAUCUAACCGAAACUCAUCCAUUCUUGUUGCUGGCACCUAUUAAAGUUGAAGAAUUGAAUCAUGAUCCCCUGUUGGUAACAUUCUACGAUGUAUUAUCGGACAAGGAAAUCGAAACAUUGCGUAAACUUACUCGAAGUAUUGAAAGAGCCACGGUCAUGAGCAAUAAUGGAUCUGUAGUCUCCAAAGUGCGCACUAGUCAAUUUCAAUUUAUCCCGGUUACCGCUCAUCCCAUAUUGGCCAAAAUCGAUCAGAGGGUAGAGGAUAUGACAAAUUUGAAUAUGAAACAUUCGGAAGAGCAUCAAUUUGCCAAUUAUGGCAUAGGAGGUCAUUAUAGUGAACAUCAUGAUUAUUUUGAUAUACCAGAGAAGAUUUGGAGAUACAAUGAAAUGGGAAAUCGUAUUGCUACUUUACUGUUUUAUCUAAGUGAUGUAGAGCAAGGUGGAGGCACUGCAUAUCCUUAUAUGAAACAAAUGGUUUUGCCCCAGAAGGGAGCUGCAGCAUUUUGGUAUAAUUUAUAUGCUUCUGGCAAACUAGAUCAACGUAGUCUUCAUGGUGCCUGUCCCAUCAUUGUGGGCUCCAAAUGGGUUCAAAAUCGUUGGAUUCGUGAAUGGGAUCAAAGUGAUCGCAGACCCUGUUAUACAUUUGAUGAUGCAAUCGCGACGGAAUCCAUGAUGGAAGUCUUAAACAAACAAAACCAAAAUUUAGCCAUGGAGAAAUGA